AUGAGCGCCGAGUGCAGCAGUUACCUCAAUGCCGACAAGGUGCUGGUGAGCGGGUUCAGCUGCCCGCGGGCGGGCGGCGACGCCCGCGCCGUGUUCUGCUGCGGCUUCCAGGACGUCAAGUACUGCUGCGAUGACCCCCACAGCUUCUUCCCCUACGAGCACAGCUACAUGUGGUGGCUCAGUGUUGGAGCACUCGUGGGCCUGUCAAUAGCAGCAGUGGUCCUCUUUGCUUUCAUCAUCACUGUGUGUGUUCUCUGUUAUUUGUUUAUCAGCACCAAGCCACGCAGCAAACUGGAUACUGGUUUGAGCUUACAGACUGCAGAGCUUCAUCCAUCACAAAGCCCCCAGCAAAACCAGCUGUUGACAGAGCCAAGUGACUUCAAGAGUUUCCUAAGCCACAAGGAUGGACUGUGA